AUGUCAAAUCAAGAACAAGUACAAUUUGCACUCGAUCCAGAAUACUCAGGUUUAAGCAAUGUUGAGGAUAGUAAAAAGCCCUUCAGAGGUCUAAGAUGUCGCAAAUGUAGACGUUUGCUUGUUGGAGCUGAACAUGUUAUUGAUCAUGAACCCGGAAAGGGUCAAAUGUCAUUCUCAUACCAUAAACGUAAUGCAGACAUUUCCGCAACAACAACUGCAACAGCCACAACAACAGAUACUGAACCAUUAGAGGCAAAUAAGGCACUGAAUCCUCUUCUUGCCGCACUGGCUGCCAAAAACAAUACCUGCUCCUCUUACUUUAUCGAACCUAUGCAGUGGAUGGAAGGCUUUGUUGAAGACGUACAGGGUCGUAUUGACUGUCCAAAAUGUCGAUGUAAAAUUGGCAACUAUAACUGGUCUGGAGAUCAAUGCUCCUGUGGACGAUGGAUUACGCCUACGUUUAUGCUUCAUCGUAAUAAAGUAGAUGAGAUAAAGAGGAUCGCUUUCGGAAAAUAG